UCCCACGGGAAGGGUUUGGGGUUGUGGCUUGCCAGCCAACGGAACAGAGGGAGCCGGCAGCGCGGGCGGUGCGGUAGCCAAUGGGCGGGCACGCCGCGGGGAGGGGCGUGGCGGCGGGUCGCGGCGGUUGCUGCGGGGUCCGCCAUGACACGGAGCUGCUCGGCGCUGGGCUGCACUGCCCGCGACACCGGGCGGAGCCGGGAGCGCGGCAUCUCCUUCCACCAGUUCCCGGUGGACGCGGCGCAGCGCCGCGAGUGGAUCCGCGCCGUGAACCGGGUGGACCCGCGGAGCCGCCAGGCGUGGCGGCCCGGGCCCGGGGCCAUCCUCUGUUCCCGACAUUUCGCCGAGACCGACUUCGAGCGCUACGGGCUGCGGCGGAAGCUGCGGCGGGGGGCUGUGCCCUCCCGCUUCCCCCGCCCGGAGCCGCCGGGCGAGGGCCGAAGGAGCGGGCUCGCCGCUCAGGCCCCGAAGCAGCCUCUCCCCUGCGCCCCCGCUGGGGACCACACCUAUAGCCUGAAGGGGCAGCCAGCGACGGGCGGGGAGGCGCGGCCGCCACUCGAGGCCCCGCAGCUCCCGGCGGGCGGGAAAUACGGCCCCGCGCAGCGGUCCAGCGCGGUGCUGAGCAUCCUCCGGGAGCUGGCGGAGAAGCGGCAGCUUUCCCAGGAAACCGUGAGUUUGCUGCAGGCCCAGUUUCCAGCAGAUUUGCCUUGCGAGUCACACAGCUGGAGGCAGAUGGCAGAAUACUCACCAGAAAUGAGGCAAUUUGCUUGUGUUCUCCACCUCUACCAUAAUAAGGCCUAUGAUUAUCUACGGAAGAUUCUUCCUGUGCCUCAUCCUUCAAGUCUGACAAAUUGGCUGUCUAAUAAUGAGGCUGCUGCAGGCUUCAGCAACAACAUUUUCCUCUGCCUUCAGGAAAAAGUGGAGAGAGGGGAACAUGCCUACCGUUACUGUGCUCUGAUGGUACAGGACAUGUCCCUGCAGAAGCAGCAGGAGUGGGACCCGCAGACCCAGUGCCUAACAGGCUUUGUUGACUUGGGAGCAGGCGUCCUUGAUGCCGAUGAAGCUCCGUUGGCCUCGGAUGCGAUAAUCCUCAUGGCAGUUGGCCUCUCAAGUCCAUGGAGCGCUCCCCUUGGCUACUUUUUUGUGAACAGCACAACUGGUCACCUACUUGCUCAGCUGCUUCGUCAGACCAUCAAUAAGCUGAACAACAUCGGCAUCGUGGUCCUAGCUGUGACAUCAGGUGCCUCCGCUCAUGGUGCUGAGACUGCCAGAGCUCUGGGGAUCAGGAUGGAUCCUGAAAGGAUCUACUGCACUUUUCACCACCCACCCGGCUCUGCUCACGGCAUCACGUACUUCUUUGACAUUUGGCAUACACUCCAGCUGAUCCAGAAUGCGCUGCAGUGCUUUCAAAAGAUAGAGUGGCUUGGUGACACUGUGCAGUGGCAGCACGUGGUGGAGCUGGCAGCUUUGCAGGAGGAGAGAGUGUUAGAGCCAUGCACACCCAGGUCCGGCAGACCUGGGACUGAGGAGAGUUACUACCUAAAGGUCAACCUCGCUACCCCGUUGUUCAGCGAGGGUGUUGCUGACGCACUGGAACACCUCCAGAAGCUGGGUCUGGCCUCAUUCCGCAACUGCGCUGGUACUGUCAAGUUUGUGCGAUUGAUGAGCCGUCUCUGUGAGGUAUUUUAUGGCAGAUAUCCCUAUGGAAGGGAACUAAAGGGGCCUUUGCUAGCUGGAAAUUAUGCCAAAAUAAACCGCCUCUUUAAUGAUGCCAAGAGCUGCUUUAUCACCUUAAUGGACUCUAUGGGAAGAUACAUUAUUAAGAGCAAACGCAAACUAGGAUUUCUGAGUUUCCUCCUCAAUGCCGAAAGCUUCAAGUGGCUUUACACCAACUACGCAUGUCCAGAAGGCACUCCUUCCCACCACCUCCUGACCUACAUCUUCAGCCUCGACCCACUGCAGCUGUUUCUCAGGGCACUCAGGCAAACCUGCGGUAGCAGUGGGAACCCUUCCUGUGCUGCUUUCCAGGCUGCUUAUCACAAACUGCUGGCCAGCUGCAGCCUGGCACUGGGCUCCCCACAAAGCAGUGGCUCAGGCAAUAUGAGCUCUUUGGAUAUUUCCCCAUUUCAUAGAAGAGAUCUGACCCUUGGCAGCAUUCGUGCUCAGUAUAACCCAGCUCGUGGGCGGACACUGGCAGCAGAGUACCCCUGUUGUGCAGGGUUUCUUUUGCAAGGCUCUGCACUGAGCAAUGCACUGACAGACCUAUCGCUGCAUGCACAGAGCAUCGCCUGCACCGCGGGCUUUGUUGCUGAGCAAUUAGCCUCUGACUUGCACUGUGAGGCUUGUCUUGCUGCCCUCUUUGAGUCAGACGAGAGCAGGGGAAGAUGCGGGUCAGUGCUCUACAUAAAAAAGUUAGGUGGAGUGAGUCUUCCCUCAGCAAGCGUGCACCACAUAACAAGCAUUUCGGAACAAGUCCUAAAACAGUAUGGCAAAUUAGGAGAUGGUGACAAAAACUCCAAGGUGUGGCAUUUGUCUCUAGAACAAAAAAUCUUCCAGGAGUUUCUGGGACAAAGUCACCUCUUCCCCACCCUCACAAACCACUUACUUGAUGGGGAGUUAUGCAUCAACAAUCACUACACAAUCUUAGUGAAGGAAAUAAUGCGAUGUUACUUAAACAUCAGAAUAAACCAUGCCAAACACCUGAACUUAAAAGACCGUUGUGGAAGGCACAGAUGGAAGAGACUGAAGGGAAAGGAUUUGUUUCCAUUGGCACUGGGUAGCUGUCAGUCAAGCCAAAUCCACACAGGGCUCUGAGUCUUCAUUGCUGGUACAAAGAUGCAAGUCCCCUCCUGAGGAUCAGCAAUGGCCAGAUUCAGGCAAUAUCUGUGAGCAAACAAUGUGGUGUCUUCCCAUUAUUUGCCUGGCAAAACUAGUGUUGAUAAGCAGUGAUACCUUGAGCUACUGCAGUCUGAUCAGUUUGGCUGAGCAAAGCAAGGAAUUUCACCUGGUUGUGUGUUCCAUCUCACAAAGCUGCACAGCAGCCACGUAUUUUGUGUGCCUCACUUGGCAGGUCAGGAUGAGCAGUGGAUGCUCAAGAUACCAGAGAGAAAGGGAUGCUGCAGGGCAUCCCCUGCAGGUGCUGGGUGGUUUAGUGCCACAAGUGGUCUUGCCAGGAGAAUACUGAUGCGUCCUCGACAGGGUGGUGGGAUUAUACAUGCUGGCAGUUUGAUUUCACCAAAUCAGAUCUGCUUUAAAAAAUGGAGACAAGAAAGCUGACAGAGCUUUUACUUAAAAAGGAAAAUAAAGAGAUGAAAAGCAAAUAGCA